ACCGCUCAGGUUGUCCGCUCACACAGCCUCGGCCGCGAAAUAGCAGGAGACUUUUUAGGAGUGCCAUAUGCCUCUUCAGUGCCGCUGCGGGGCAUGCUUACAUUUACUUUUUUUUGUAUUGUUUACUGGAAAAAAAUAUAUGAUUUCAUAUUUCCUUGAAUAAAGAAAGAAAGGAGGCGGGAAGGAGGAUGAAAAAGCGAAACUGACUCUCUCGCGUUUUUACGACGAAACGUCGCUUUUGCCUCCCUUCAUUCUAAUUAACUGUCGCUUUGGCUUGUUUUCCCUUGCCUCACUUACAAGGCGGUAGUCAUUUGAUUUUCUUUCGUGGUAGAAGGCUGUGUCAGCGUUAAUCAGUCUUACAGCGUUGACUGUGAGUAUGACUUUCUUCGCCUUGCAAAAUUUCUUGUGUACGCCGGGGCAACAAAGUGCAUGAUUUAUGAAUCAUUGGCUUUAGACGACAUCUUCCUGGAAGACGUAAACGUAAUAAUAAGUAACUAAAUAAGCAAGCUAAAGAUACAGCAGCAAAAACAACAACAACAGCCUGUCAAACAAACAAAACUGAAAAAAAAGACAAUGAAAUAAGUGUUGCAUAAUUCAUUCACGAUACCAUUAGAAAUAAAACGAAAAAAAAAACUAAAAAAAACGAAAAAAAAUCACACAUCCAUACUCACGAAGUGCUUGUGAACAGAACGAACUGAACCACACACAUUACUUACUAAAGACUAUACGCCAGUACUUCUAAGCACUUAUAACAAAACAGUGAAGAAACCCAAAGCACCAGAACAAUCAGGGUUAAAGAUAUUACAAGUGUGUAGACUUUUUUUCCUCCCCUAAAACACGAACCUGUUGAGUUUAUCCCCUUGAUGGUUUUGGGUGAAUUCCAAAGACCAGGCGAAGCGGUGAACUCAUUGCUGUCGUCAAUUAUGCAAUAGAAAAGGAUCUGUGAGUUUCCGUGACGUCAAAAAGGACUGAGAACAUUUCCACGCCGCUUAAAGAUCUAGACAUCUUGCUCCCGCGGCCACGGUAUUCGUGCACAGGGUCGUGAGGAGGCGGCGCUGCGCCAUCUGCGGCCCUCGGACACUCCAGCUGGUGUCAUGGCGUCGCGGUCAAGGUGACGACCCGCUGAAGGCCACCUGCGCCCUCCAGCUGGCACCGACGUCCCUUUUACACUCCGACCAUGUUUAAUAUGAGCACCGCAGCGCCCCUUUUGGCUGCCGCGCUGACGACCCUCGCCCCGCCCACGGCACAACCAACGCUCGCGCCCACGUCCUCCACGCCCUCCAUCUCGCCCCCGGUCUCCCUACAGCCGCCCUCGCUCAAUCCUUCCCUCAACCUAACCGCGGGCGUGAGCGAGGGCGUGAACGAGACCGCCCUUCCCGCGGCCGACGAUGACGACGUCUACGCCACCUUCCUGGACGUGUCGCGGUACGUGGUGCAGCGGGUGUUGGUGCCCCUCGUCCUUGUCGUGGGCGUCGUGGGCAACUCCGUGACGAUCGUGGUCCUGACGAGGCGGCAGAUGAGAUCCUCCACCAACAACUACCUGACGGCCCUCGCCAUCUCCGACCUCCUGUACCUGGUGUUCAUCUUCUCGCUCUCCAUACGCCACCACCCCGGCAUGGACCACCCGCACCACUGGUUCUACUGGCACUACUUCCGCUACGCUCUCUGGCUCACCGACGCCACCAGCAGCACCUCCAUUUGGCUCACAGUCACCUUCACAAUUGAACGGUACAUCGCUGUCUGUCAUCCUAUUAAGGGAAAGGUCUACUGCACCGAGAGCCGGGCCAUGAUCGUCAUCGGCGUGGUCUACGCGCUGUGCUUCACCCUGACUGCUUCGACCCCGCACGAAUGGGUCAUCGAGGAGGUUCGAGACAACGCCACAGGAACCUCGGUGCUCCGGCUCGACUAUUCGGACCUCGGACGCAACGAUACCUACAAGAUGGUAUUCUACUGGUUCACGGCCGUUUGCUUCAUCCUGCUUCCCCUCGUGCUUCUGUCGGUGUUCAAUUCCUUCCUCAUCUACGUGGUGAAGCAAAGCCGGGCCCAGCGACGCACCAUGACGAACCAGCGCCUUGAGAGGGACACCCAUUCGCAGUCGCAGGAAAAUAAGAUUACUGUGAUGCUGAUCGCUGUGGUUCUGUUGGCUCUCGUCUGUCAGCUUCCUGUGGCUGUACUGCUGCUCUACAAGUCGUUUAAUGAGUCCGAACCCAACACCAUGUCCGACAACAUCGAGCGCGGCCUCGGCAACAUCUUCAACCUGCUCUCGGCCAUCAACGCGGCCUGCAACUUCGUCCUGUACUGCGCCAUGAGCGACAAAUACCGACGUACCUUCCUGCGCACCUUCUGCUCGCGCUGGUACCGUCAGCCGUCGCCCUUGCACUCCUGGAUGGCCACGGCGUACAGCAACGUGGACGACGGCAGCCCCAGGUUCUCCAGGAUGUCGUCCAUGCGCAUGUCCAGGCGGUCCUCACACAGGUCACUUCCGUCGCGGGACCGGACGACGCAGACCCGCGUGUGAGCGACGCCGCCGCAGCCUCUCUGCUCAACGGGUCGCCCUCCGCCCGCAACGCCCCGCCCGCGCCGGCCAAGGGCCCCCUGCAGCGCCUGGCUCGCCGGCUGGCCGCCCUCAGGCCCCGGGGGCGGCGCGGAGGGGGCUCGGCCACCAGCAGCCAGCUGGCGGGCACGCACAUCGUCAUCACGUGCCAACAGCCGUCGCAGGACGAGCAGACGGCGCUCUAAGCGGACGCCAGCAGUCGGGAGGCUUCACGUGCACACGCAUGAACGCAUAUACAUUCGUACAUGUGUGUGUGCAUACAUAGUUACAUAUACACAU